UUCCUUGGCUGAAAAAGAGGUAUCCCUCCGCUGGGGUCGUCACCCUUGGGGUGCGCGCAAGCGUUAUCCCCUCAGGGUCAGCGAGAUCACGAGUGACGCCCCACCCACCCCCGCUGGAGGUUUCAACCCCUCAACCGUGGCGAUUCAGGGGCCCUUUCCGUUGUUGUCGUAGCGGAGACCCGUCGACUUCGACUCCUAAGAGCGCUCCGUCUCCUUUAAGAGGGGGAGGGAGGGCUUCCAAUGACCUCUCCCUAGGCCCGCCCCUUCCUGGUUGCCAUAGUGACUGGCUGCUGGCGUCCUAAAAUGGCGUCUCUUCUCUCAGAUAAUUUGUUCGAGGCGCGAGGACAGGCCCCAGCGCCUAGCAAGGACUUCUAUCAACUUAUUGUCACUCGGAAGGAAGUAAUUUUCAGGUGGUGGAAAAUUUCUCUUCGGAGUGAGUAUCGAGAAGCAAGACCAGGAGAACUGAAAGAGUCUCACGAAGACUUCCUUGAUGACCCCUCUCUCCAAAUUCAAAUAGCCAUCAUAUUUGGAGCAGAGACUUUGGAACACACCUUCAAUUUGUGCCGGGGUAAUUUUGACUUCCUGGUGCGACUUCCUGACCCAUUGCUACUGUAUAUCAUAUCCUAUUUGGAACUAGAAGAUAUUGCCAGACUUUCUCAAGUAUCUCACAGAUUUGAAAUGUUGUGCAACUCUGACAAACUAUGGGAGAUGAUUGUGAAAAAUUUAUCAGGAAGAAUUACUCCAGAAAUGAGAUCACUGGCCCAAGAAGUUGGUUGGAAGCAAUUCUUCUUUACUAACAAGAUUCAGCUACAGCUGCAGCUCCGGAGGAGGAGGGAGAAGAGAUCUGAUUCAUCAGACAGCCAGUCCGAUUAAAGGAGUAUUCUUCCUAGU